AUGAACAGAUUAUUCAAUAAUGUUGGUAGACAACUAUUUAGUAAACUGAAUUCUAUCAACAACACUAGUAUAUAUCAAAAUAGUUUUAGACAAAUAACAUUCUCUACUUCAGGCUCAGCCAUAAACACAUUCUCUACAUCAUCAAAUACAAAUGAAUCGAUAGCAGCCAAGAUAAAUCUAUCACAAUCGACACUCUAUGAAAAGCUUGAUGAUAAGAAUAAACAAUUGCUAGAUGGCAUCACCAAUGAAUCACGUGUAUAUCUCUCGAGAUUGAUUACACUUAUUGAGUCAUCGAGAGAGGAUCACCAAGCACAAGCCAGACUGAUCAUAUCGAUUCUGCUACAGCGAUCUCGUGAAUUUGAGUUGAAGCAUGACUAUCAACCGAAAUCAUUUCGUAUCGGUGUGUCUGGUCCUCCAGGUGCCGGUAAGAGUACAUUCAUCGAGGCAUUCGGAACCUAUCUGACGAAUACACUCAACAAGAAGGUGGCGGUGCUCGCUAUCGAUCCGUCAUCGGUGCGUACCGGUGGUAGUGUUCUCGGUGACAAAACAAGAAUGGUGGAGCUCUCGAAAGAUCCAAAGGCAUAUGUACGUCCGUCUUCCACUCGUGGUACCCUAGGUGGUAUCACAAAAUCCACAUCCGAUACCAUUGUACUCUGUGAAGCCGCUGGUUAUGAAAUCAUCAUCGUUGAGACGGUCGGUGUCGGUCAGUCAGAGGUGGCCGUCGAGGAGAUGGUAGACAUCUUUAUGCUGUUGGUGCCACCCGCCAACGGUGAUGAGCUUCAGGGUCUGAAGAAAGGUAUCGUCGAACUCUCUGAUAUAGUAGUGGUCAACAAAGCAGACGGUGAACUAUUGCCACGUGCUCGCUUCACCGUUGCCGAAUACAUGAGCGCAUUCAAGAUGCAGAGACCAAAGACAGAGUUUUGGAAACCAAAAGUAUUGUCAUGUUCAUCACUUACCAAAGAUAAUAUAGAUCAAGUUUGGAAGACAAUGAAUGAGUUUAAAGAUACAAUGACUAAAUCUGGUGAAUUAAGAUAUAAGAGAUCGGAACAGAAACAAACAUGGAUGUGGAGAUAUAUCGAAGAGGAACUCAUGAACAGAUUGCACAACAACAAAAAUGUAGCAGAUUUGAUUCCAGUGAUAGAAGCACAGGUUAAAGAUGGUAAUAUUUCACCAAGUUUGGCAUCGAGUACCAUCAUCGAAAAAUUCCUCAAAUCUUAA